AUGAGUGAUAUUCUACAAGUUUUCUCUGCUCUUCGUGUUUUCGCCGUUGGCCAUCGAAACUUUCAAAUUGCCUCCAUCACUCUGGUGUUGAGCCUGGUGCCUGUCGGCACAAACCUUUUCAGCGAUGUCAGAGCGUCGUUCUCCACUAUUGACGUGCCAGGUUUCGGCAUUGCAUGUAAUGCUGGCAGUGAUAUCUCCGCAACGACCAGUACUAUAAUCAAGAAGGAAGCCGUCGCUGUUAACAUGAAGGCGUCCAUCGUGACUUUGUUGUUGAGAGAUGGAACCAUCUACUUUGCCGUACUUCUUGUCCUGAACGUCGCCCAUCUUGUGUUGUCCCUCACGAAUGUGUUCUUGGACAUCACCUUUUUCGUCACAUCGUUCGUGUUGUCCUCCAUCAUCAUCUCCCGCUUCCUUCUCAACCUUCGCCAAGUCUCGUCUACGGACGACGAGUCAUUGGAUGGCGGGCCAUCCUUCGUCCGCUCUUCCCCGUCGACGGUACGGUUCCCUGCCUUCGUUGGCAGCAUGGGCGCGCCCCUUGACCAUGAGCGACACUCGCUCACAAUUAGCACUCUAACGUCCACGGACGGUUCGGAGUGCUCAUGCAUGAGCAACGAGUCCUGUGCGCACUGUGUGGAACCGGAAGAUGUAUCGGGAGACUGUAAAGGCGAUGAGCUGAUUCAUUUGGAAGAGGAGUCCAUAAGUAGGUCAAUGGACGGAAACAGCGAGUGCUGA